CUGGGUGGUGUAUAACACUUAAUAUAGAAGACCUUGAGACCAGAGAAAUGCAAAAAUAGAACAUUGUAUAAAAAUAUAGUGAGUACAAGGUUCACCAGCCUUUUUCUUUUUAAAUUAAGAAGAAUGUAUGAUAUUCUGUACACAGGUUUAAAUUGCUCACCUGCUAAGUGCAAAUAAGGGGGAAUAGCAAAGGGUGAGCCUGAAUGACAGAUCAACUUGUUCAUUUUUUGUGGGGCAAAUUACCUGAUUGAUAAAAGAUCAAACAUGGUACCAGUUCACAUGAUGCUACCUAGCAUUCUUUAUUUUAAGAUGGCAAUUUUGUAUAGACUUAUACCUACUGUGCCCUAGAACCUCACAUCAGUUGUUAAUAUUUAGAUGUGUUAAUUUGUACAGACAUUUUACAUUUUUUCAAAACUUGUGGGUAUGAACUGUCAUCAACAUAUUUAGUACAGUCACUUUGCCUCUGAUUCAUAUAGCUUUAAAAGUUACAUUUUCAGAAAUUUAAACUAAUUUUAAAAUACCCGAAGUGUAAGAUUACAAGUUAUAAAGAACUUCAGGGGUGAUAAGUUCACUCUGUGGAACCGAAAAAGUUACCAGAUUUUUAAUCUACUUAUAAAAUAUAUGUAGUAUGUGGUCUUGUUUUUAUUGUGCAGAUAGGAAUUAGGAAACAUAGGCUGAUUGUGGUUAGAACCAUUCAUCUCAUGAAACUGGGAUAGUAGUAAAAAGGAUGUUAAGCAGAUUCAAGCCUUGUAAAAUGGUUCAAGAUACUGCAUGUUUGGUAAAUCAACCUGUUCCCUUCCCUAGUAGCUCAUUCUGCCCUGCAUCCCCAUGUAAGCUGUCUUCAGUUGUUGGAAAGAAACUUGCCCAAGUAAUUUCUGAGUGAUUAUUAGAAAAAAGGAUUCCCAUUUUGUACAUGCAGGAACAUCCCAUUACUGAAGCAGCAUUGCUGUCAGUACAAAAGGGAGGGGGGCACAGAAACUGUGUCCAUCACUAUAAAUAGCUCUCAGCUCAACUCUUCCUAGUGUCCUCUCAUCUGCCCCCAGUUCACCCAAUAUUAUUCAUACUGUUCCAUGCUCACUAUUCCAGGCUUUGUGACUAAGUUAGACGCUUGGCAGGUUGGCAAACUCUUUUCUGGCAGACCCCAGGGGCUGGGAUGUCACAUGUAGUGCUUUCCCAUAGCAGGUAGCAUUUUAAAAUAAAUAGGGAGCUUUCCUAAUUUGGUACUUUUCAGAUGUGUUGAAUUAUAAAUCUGUUGUCCUCAGCUGGUGUGCUCAGGCUAUGUAGCCCAACGCAUCUGGAGGGUGCCAGGUUGGGGAUGGCUUCUAUGAUAUAUAUUAGAUAAUUCUACCAGACAUAGUAAUGAUUCAUAAGUAGUUAUGGAGAAUUCCAUCCAGGCAUAAAGCCAUAAACUCUAUCCCCAAUCUAACCAGAGGGAGCACACCCACCUAUAUGGGACUAAAAAUAUUCUGCCAAAACCUCAUGUCCCUCUGUAGCUCAGGGAAUUUUGUGUUCACUUCCUGAUUGGCCAGAGAUGUGUGACUGUUAAAGGAUCAUUUUAGAAAUAUGACUUGUGGAAAGGGAGAGAAUGUGACAGACUGAGCUCAUGACAAAGGCACCUGGAGGCAGGACAUACAUCUUAAUAUCAAUGACUGCAAGUGGAGAUAUCAGAGAGUACGGUGUAAAAGAUCAGGAAGAUAGUUGAGUCAGGAUCUGAGGAGUAGGUGAGAAGAUUUACAAUUCCUGGACAAACAAAGAUGGAUAUGGACCACAGAAUAAAAUGGGCAACGGAGCUGGUUGAACAGAAGCUGAAACUGGAAGAAGAUCGGCAGAAAAAAAAACACCCCUCCUCUGCAAUGCCACCAGAAGUGGUCCGGUUAGAUAUCCCACAUCUGGAGGAGGAGAAAAGACACAAACCUGCUAACAAGGGGAUUGAAAGUCUUAAGGGACAAGAAAAGGUGCGGAAGAGUUCUUUGGACCUAAGACGGGAGAUCCUUGAAGUUGGUGGCACUGAAUACCUCUUUGAGCUACGCAAAAAACCAAAAAAGAAGGAGGAGAAGAAACCAGAGCCUGAACCAGAGGAAAUUACAGGGCCUGUGGCAGCAGAGGAUUUUUUGAAAGCUGCUGUGCAGGGCAAGGUACAAGUAGUGGACAAGUUCCUGGCAGAUGGAGGCUCCCCAGACACCUGUGAUGAAUUCUGCAGGACAGCUUUGCACCGUGCCUCCCUGGAGGGGCACACAGAAAUUGUAGAGAAGCUUUUGGACCAAGGUGCCACUAUUAACUUCAGAGAUCGCUUGGAUUCCACAGCCAUGCACUGGGCCUGUCGUGGUGGACACCUGGCUGUUGUGAAACUCUUGCAGGAAAAAGGGGCCAAUCUAAACCUGAAGGACAAGCUUCUCAGUACUCCUUUACAUGUGGCCACUCGCACUGGUGUAGCAGAAGUUGUGGAGUACCUGAUAAACAAUGGAGUGAAAAUCAAUUCACGUGACCGUGAAGGAGACAGUGCACUGCAUGAUGCUGUACGCCUCAAUCGCUACAAGAUAAUUAAGAUGUUGAUUUUACAUGGGGCAGAUAUGUUGGCCAAAAAUCUGGCUGGCAAAACUCCUACAGAUCUGGUGCAGUUAUGGCAAGCAGACACACGGGAGGUGCUGGAAAAGAAAGAGCCAAGCACAACAGAAAUGGCAACAUGAGACAUAGAUGGAUGAACAAAGCAAACACCUGCAAUUCCAAGCAAGGAUGGUUUGGGAUUUAAACAAGCAGGGUCACCAAAACCCAAUAAAGAGGCAAUCAAAGUAAAACAAGACCAGGAAAACAGUGAAAAAAACAGCUAUUUCUAGUGUUCUUUGUAGUUAGCCAUAAUGCAGCUUUACCUUUGGCAGCUGCAUGAUGAGAUUAAAUUCAUUACCUGAGAACUUUCCAUUUUUAUCAAACAGGCAUUGUGAAAUUUCUGCUUGUCACACAGCUGUUAAAAGCCUGGUAAACAACUGCAGUUCUGAUAUCCACUGGGUCAAAUUGCACUAAGCUAUUGAUAAUUCCCAUAUGUUUCAAACAGCUGCAUGAUAACAAACUAUUCCAAGAUAUAACACAAUUCAAAUGGAAUUGCACUGGGACAUUUGUAGGUACAGAUAACCAAGCACUCGCCUAGAGUACACGUGCAUCUUCUCCUAUAACUGACCAAGUAGUGAAUAGCAGGAGAGAAUUCACAGCUUGAGAAGCAACAGCCCUUCUGAGCGUAGAGCAGAUCUGCUUCAAGCUUCCAGAAAAAAUAUAAGAUCAGCAAUUCAGUGGCUACAGCAGCAGAGGAAAAGCCAUUCCGUAAAGGAAGUGUAAAAGAACUAUUUCUCCACAAUUUUUGCCUUUGCAAGCCCGAUGUAAAGGAAACUUUAUUAAAACUGGGCCCCAACACAUUUUGAACAGAUACCUCUUAAUCAGGGAAUUGAAAAAAAUAGAUGAAAUAAUAUUAAACAUAUUACAGGUGUGAACAGAACACAUCUAUAAUGCCCAUUAAAUAAUGUAAGCAAAUUAGAACUAUGUACAAAGAGAUUACAAAAGGAGAAUUGUAUAAGGGGAUAGGGAAACAUCCACAAAGCUUAAAAAAGGAAAUAAUAUAAAACAAUGAAGAGUAGACACAAAAAAACCAGUAAAAUAAUGACAAAACAUCACUAUUACAUAUAAACUGACAAUAACACAGAAUAAGUAGCUGCAUGACUCUUGUAUUAAAAGAAAGAUUAAUGAGGGAAGGUGCACAAAACCCCCCUAUAUAUCAAUGUUAAAAAUGCAGGGAGUACAAGAAGAAAAUGCAACAUGUAAUGAGGGUAACAAUUGCAAAAUUGCACAAAACAGACACUGACAAUACAUUGAGAAUGUGAAGGCAGUACAAAUUGGCUAAUUUCUAUGGUCAGAAAUAAUAUCAAUGCUGAUUACAAUAGGGUUACAAAUCAUGUAAAAAACACACAAUACUCCAUCCCAUAGUCAACUAGACCCAAAACACUAAAGAUGAAAAACAUAAGCUAGAAGGUAAACAAAAAGACAAUGUAAAAUUUAAAAGGGAGUACUAAAGAAAAAUGUAUCAUGGAUCUAGUAAUCUGUCCAAAUUAUCUACCAAUCAUAGCAAUGAACACACUAAAUAUUUGUUUCAUUCAUGGGAAAGGAGGUGUCUACACAAAUUCAUUUCAUGGAAUUGCAAAGUUUGACAACCUGGGCAACCCAUCGCAAUCUUUUCAGAGUGUGAACCCAGGCAUCAAUCGGAUGGCCGUCAUUAGCUUGUCUGUUGGCCUUUCUUCCCAAGUUGUAUAUUCACUUAAGAAGAAUUCACUUGAGGACAGAGGACAAACUCUGUCUUUGGCAUAAAUGUCCUCUCCAGUAUUGCAUAAGAUGUAUUCUGGGUGAACGGGGCAACCAAGGCCAAAUUGGCUUAACAAAUGGAGAUCAGAUCUGUUAUUCAGCAUGCAAAAUAACACUCUGUUACUAUUUUAUGCCCAUUAAGAGCAGCACACACUCUUCAGGAGUGAUGUAAGAGAAGCAUGUGAACAAGACACAUAAAACUGAAUAAGGGGAAUGCAAACUCUGCCAUCUCCCUUUCUAGUCAGCACUUUCAACUCUGAUGCAGUUUUUCUAUGGCUAACUGCAUUGCCUAAACCUGGAUGGUGUCGGGAUAAGGAAAGUACUACUAUAACACUGGUAAUGCUAAGGGACCCUUAAGCAUCUCUCACUGAAGGGCUAAGGGCAAGUGGAAGACAGUAUCAUGAGAAAUGCCCCCAAAAGAUGUUGCCAGGGCAUGUUUGGGUCAUGGUUAGGUGCAAAGGGGGAAAAGUCUACAGUACCCAAGAGCAACCUCAAAAUUUAUAAAAUCUGUUAGGCUUUGUCACU